UUCUCAGUGCCAGUUGGUAAUUAUCCUAAAUUCCAAUCCCAAUCUUAGAAAAAAAUCGAUCCUUGUAUUAAUCUGAAGAGAUGCAUGGGUUUGAUUCUUUCUUUUCCUAAUGUUUUUAGAAAUCCACCACGUUUAAUCAGAACCAUUGAAUUUUAGUGUUAGGACACUUAAAAUCUGUGGACUGGAUUUGAUCAAAGAGCGAUCGAGUCGGGAAUCUUGAAGAAUGUGGAGGCUUAAGAUUGCUGAAGGCGAUGGUCCAUGGCUUAAAAGUGUGAAUAAUCACGUUGGUAGACAGGUCUGGGAGUUUGAUCAACGGCUUGGAUCGCCCGAAGAAUGGGCCGCAGUUGAGGUGGCCCGCGAAGAAUACCGGAGAAAUCGGUUUCGGAUUAAGCAGAGCUCGGAUCUGUUGAUGAGAAUGCAGUUUUCAAAAGAGAAUCCAUGUGGGAAAAAGCUACCCCAAGUGAAAGUAGAAGACAUCAAUGAAGUUACUGAAGAGGCAGUCACAACUACCACAAGAAGGGCUAUUAGCUUUUAUUCAACCAUGCAAGCACAUGAUGGGCAUUGGCCUGCAGAACUCACUGGUCCCCUGUUUCCUACAUCCAUAUUGGUUAUAGGCUUGUAUAUCACGGGAACGCUCAAUACCGUUCUACCAUCAGAACACCAAAAGGAGUUGCGCCGUUACUUAUAUAACCUUCAGAACGAAGACGGUGGUUGGGGAUUCCAUAUAGAGGGACACAGCACUAUGUUUUCUACAACACUCAGCUACGUUGCGUUGCGAUUACUUGGGGAAGGAGUUGAAGGAGGUGAAGAUGGGGCUAUGCAGAAAGGUCGAAAAUGGAUCCUUGACCGUGGUGGUGUAACAUGGAUACCAUCUUGGGGAAAGUUAUGGCUUUCGGUACUUGGAGUUUUUGAAUGGUCAGGCAAUAAUCCAAUUCCCCCAGAGUUUUGGCUUCUUCCUUCCUUUCUACCAUUUUAUCCAGGUAAGCUUUGGUGCCAUUGUCGCAUGGUGUACUUGCCCAUGUCAUACUUAUAUGGAAAGAAGUUUGUGGGGCCAAUCACAAAGACAGUCGCAUCACUGAGAGAAGAGCUCUACACUCAACCGUAUCAUGAAAUAGAUUGGUGUCGAGCACGUAAUUUGUGUGCAAAGGAAGAUCUCUUCUACCCACAUCCCCUAAUACAAGAUAUUCUAAUGGGAUGUCUUUAUAAGGUUGGUGAAUCUCUUAUAAAGCAUUGGCCAUUUUCAAUGCUAAGAGAGAAAGCGCUACGAACUGCAAUGGAACAGAUACAUUAUGAAGAUGAGAAUACUCGAUACCUUUGCAUUGGAUUUGUAGAGAAGAUUUUGGAUUUUCUUUCUCAUUGGGUGGAAAACCCAAAUUCGGAGGCAUUCAAAUGUCACCUUGCAAGAAUCCCAGAUUUUUUAUGGGUAGCUGAAGAUGGCAUGAAAGUGCAGGUUUGUGGCAGCCAAACGUGGGACACUGCUCUCACCAUUCAAGCAAUAUUAUCAAGCAAUCUUGUUGAAGAAUAUGGACCAACUCUAAAGAAAGCACAUGACUUUAUAAAAGCGUCGCAGGUUUUAGAAAACUCACCAGGCAACUUGAGUCACUGGAAUCGCCACAUUUCAAAAGGUGCAUGGACUUUCACUGUUGCAGAUCAAGGGUGUCAAGUGUCGGACUGCACAACAGAAGGACUAAAGGCUGUGUUAUUGUUGUCACAAAUUUCACCAAAAAUCGUUGGGGAACCAUUGCUGGCAGAGCGAAUAUAUGAUGCUGUAAACAUUAUUCUUUCUCUACAAAAUAACAAUGGCGGUUUCUCUACAUGGGAGCUCACACGAUCCUACCGUUGGAUGGAGUUGUUCAAUCCUUCUGAAUUUUUUGAAGACAUUGUCAUUGACUACCAGUAUCCUGAAUGCACUUCAUCGGCAAUCCAGGCUUUGACAUUAUUCAGGAAACUAUAUCCUGGACAUAGGAAACAAGAAAUAGAACAAUGCAUAUCUAAAGCAAUGGAUUUCAUAGAGAAAACACAGGAGUCUGAUGGUUCAUGGUAUGGCUCCUGGGGAAUUUGCUACACUUACGCCACAUGGUUUGCAGUAAAAGGGCUAGUAGCUAGUGGAAAGACCUUCCACAACAGCUCCAGCAUCCGCAAAGCUUGUGAAUUUCUGUUAUCAAAACAGCUAGAUUCUGGUGGUUGGGGAGAGAGUUAUCUUUCUUGCAAAAAUAAGGUGUAUACAAACCUUGAAGGCAACCGGUCACAUUUAACAAAUACAGCAUGGGCUCUAAUGGCUCUUAUUGAUGCCGGACAGGCCGAAAGAGAUCCUACGCCGUUGCAUCAUGCAUCAAUGCUGUUAAUUAAUUCACAGAUGGAAAAUGGCGAUUUCCCACAACAGGAAAUAAGAGGAGUGUUCAACAAGAACUGUAUGCUAAGCUACUCAGCAUAUAGAAAUAUCUUUCCCAUAUGGGCUCUUGGAGAAUAUCAUGAACGGGUUCUACUCGCCCCCAAAACCUUAUAAUGUCCUCACAAGUUGGUUGUGGUUUUUCAUUUUUUUCUAUGUUUAUUUUGAGCCAUGAUAAAGGAACUCUUGGUGGUGUCAAUGUUUAAUUUAAGAUGGACAGCUGACCGCGCCCGAUCUUUGAUCA